AUGUUUUAUACAUUAUGUAUAACUGCUGUGGUUCCGACUCCAUCUAUAGUGGAUAAAACGACUGAGCUGCAAGAACAUCCAUCUUAUCUCGUAAUGCAAUCUGUUAAUGGACGUCGAAAUCCCUUAUUAUACAAGAAUAUUAUGAUUUCCGUAUUAAAUUUUCUUCAAGAUUCAUUAAUACAACUAUCGAAACCGCUAAAGAUCGUUGGAAUAAAGAAAUUAAUUAAAUCUUCUACUCUCGCUAUGGUCACACUGUCUGGCAGAAAAUUAAUGUGA